CAAUCUCUCUCUCUGUCUCUCUGAAUCGCGCGCACACUCUAACACACUCGAUAUUUUUGUUUAUUGGGUGUGAAACAGUGAAGAACGAGCCGUUGUUGGAUCUGAAAAGAGUUCUGAAGAUAAAUCUUUGAACCACGACCGAACAACUUUACAUCCGCAACGAUUCCAGUCCUCAUGUCAUCUCAUUGCACAUGUAAAAGUGUUUGAAUUGCAAGGGAAAACAAGUUUAGUUAUUCACUUGAAAGUUCUACCGCUGCUAUUAAAUUAACAUGUGGGUCUGGUUUGGAUUGUGCAAUGGAUGGCUGUAAACCCAUGGACGAGGACUCGGAAACUACUACUACCAAAACACCUCCAGUUCAGGCUUCAGUAUCUCCUGAGAUCCAAUGUGGGUCAUCUCUGCUGGUUUCAGCUGCAACAUCAGCUUAUUAUGGUGCUGGGCAUGUCGUUUCUGGGGUGACUGAUAAAAGGAAAUGCAGACCUAGAGGUGUUCUGACUGUAGGAGGCAUUCAUUCUUCGGGGCCUGGUGGAGUUAAUUUAUGUGACAAGAGCUAUGGGGAUUAUGAUGAUGGAAAUAUUGUAGGAGUUGCUAACAAGUCUAGGGUUUCUUUGGUUCCGUUGCCAGUUGAAGCUUCAGUGUGCUGGCUCUUAUCUCCAUGUGAUGAAGAUAAUGAAGAUCAGAAAGGUGAUUUGGAAAACGGGAUGAAUAGAUAUAGACAACUGGUCAACUCUACACUUGAUUUGCCUAUUUCACCAUCCUACUGUCAUGAGUUGGAUUCGGACUUAUGUGACAGUACUAACUACAGUGGUAGCAGUGAUCUGGAUAAUAGUACAAGCAGUAAGAAAACUUGGAUUAGUUCGUCUUCUCCAGGAACACUCCCCGAAUUUCAAGGGUUUAUGGGGCCUUCAUUUGAUAAAGUUGCUAGGAGUUCUUCAUUAGUUUAUCCUCCAGCUACACCCAGGUGUAAGAAUGUUAUUUCACAAGAAGAGGGCAAAUUUGAGGGUAAUGUGGCCGGAGAAAAUUCUCCGUUCUCCAUGGACUCUUUAAAUAGCGAUAAUGUUAUUCAGACCCCAACAUCAGAUUCAAGCUUGGAUAGACUGGUCUGUGUGCCUUUGUCAAAUGCAGAUGGGUAUCCAGGAUGCCAUUUUGAAUAUGAACUAGAUUCAGCAGCAGACAUGCUUCUGAGGGAAAGUGUAUCUCCUAGGAGCCAAAUAUCAAUAUGGGAUCCACCUGGUUUAAGUUUCCAGCUCACUGACUUGACCUCAACUUCCAAUUCCAUUAACUUCAAUCAACUGCAGAGGUCUGUGGAUAAUCGUGCUUCUUGGAUGUCUAAUUCUACUUUAGAAACUGGGUUGCAAUCUCCAAUGAGGAUAUCAUGGAGGGAAGGAUUAGUAAGUCGGAUUUUUGAGAUGGAUGAGUUAGAUUGCUGUAGAUGCUUGUCAGAUGAAGAGAAUGACGCUGAUGGAUGCAAUAAUGACCGGUUAAAAUUGCUUCCAAGUUGUGAGUCCCAUGUUAAUUUAGGAAACAAUUCGUUCUCAAGUAAUGGACUCGGGUCUCCCGAAUUCCUGAAUCAGGAACCCAGCAUUUUCAGGAACAGUGAAACAAAGUCAACUCCUCAUAGACCCAGUUCUAGUGCAGAAUCCAUAUGCACUGAUGGAGGUUGUCUAGUUGCUUCCAGGGAAUCUGAUUGGACCCUUUGCUACAAAAACCAGUUGUUUCAAGUAUGAUUAUUGCCUUUAAAAGUGAGUUUCUCUAUCUUUAGUUGAAAGUGGUGAUCUUGGUUGUAUCGAGAACUGCCCUUGAGGUAGUUCUACAUUCUUUCAUCCUGUAGUUUGACGUUCAGCAUUUAAGACUUGUUUGUCUGUAGUGUUAUUCUUGUGGGAUGCUUCUGCAACUCUUGUUGAUCUAACUCCAAAAAAAUUAGAGACAAUUACAUUCAACUGUGUCGUAGUUUGAGCUUCCUAGUUGGUUUAGGUAACUGUCUACAUAUGAUUUAAUUUCCAAAAUAAGACUAACAUCGCCUCAGAGUACCUGGUUUUUUUUGGUCAUUUCAAUAUUUAGAAUGCAGUAUCAUGCUAGAGUGCCGAACGGUUAUAUGUCAAUGUAAUUAUUAUUACAUCUUGUCAAGGUGCAGGCUUGGAAUUGAUAUAUAUUUCUUGGAGUUUGCUGUUAAACUAGUAAUAAAGACAUAUGCAUAUAGACACCUUUGUUGCAAUCAUUGUUUUAAAACUCGGCCUGGCCCAGCGGGUUGACCCGGUGAAUCGGUCAUCAAACCGGACCGGGUAGUGUAUCGUUUCAGCACAAAACCCAUUGAACCGGCUGGUUCUUGCCCAAACCCACUAAACCGAAUGGUUAAUCACAAACUAGGCGGGUCAAUUUAAAGAUUAUAAAAGCUAGGCAUUUUUGUCCUAACCUAAUUAGCUGCUGCCUCUCUCUUAGCUUAGAGACUCUCUUUCUCACCGUCGAAUGAAUCAGUCCCCCCUCUCUCUUUCUCAGUCGAACUCAAUGAAUCAAGCUCUCUCCUCGUCGAACUCGAAUGGAGCAGCUCAACAAAUCAACUCUCUCUCUCGCAAUCGAAGUGUCGAACGAAGGCAAUAUCUUCUCCUUCACUUGACAGGUACUUCAUCACUCAUCUCUCUCUUUCUCUUUCUCAGUCUCUUUGCACUCAGAUGGUGGUGAUUGU